AUGGACUUUCCUCAACCCAAUCCCCCUCCGAACGAUCAUGAGCCCGAUAUUCGACAUCUACUGGAUGCCGAGCUUACCGGUCUUGAGUACACUGUCCCUAGGUAUCUGGGUCCUGAUUUCAACGGCCCUAAUUAUGCCGGUUCCCAGUCCGCCGGUCCUGGGUACACCAGUCCUGGUUACACAGGUCUCCUGGGUUCCAGUCCUCGGCCCACCAGUUCUAGCAACGCUGGCUCCCAGCCUUCCGGGCCUGAAUACAGCUAUGUCGAGUACGCCAAUGCCGAGAACACCACUCAACAGCCCGCUAGUUGGACGCAUACUGGCCUCAGCUACACGGCUAUGCUGGAACCUAGUCCCCCGCCCACUAGUCCUAGGAAUGUUGGCUCCCAGAUUGCUGUUCCCGAGUACACUGGUGUUCAGAGAGCCAGUCCCCUGACUACCCUUCUUCGGAAUCUUGAACACGCCGGCCCCAGCUAUACCAGGCUCCCCAAUUCGAAUCCCCUGACAGCUGGCCUUAGGAGUACUGGCCCCCAGCCACCUGGUCCUGAGCACAGCUCCCUCGAGCACACCGAGGUCCAGAACACCGGUACCCUGACCGCCGGUCGUGGGAACGCUGUUUUCCGGCCACCUGGCCCUGAGCACAGCUAUCUCGACUACACCGGUUUCCAGAAUACUGGUCCCUUGCUUUCCGGCCCUGGGAACGCCAAUCCGCAGCCUGUCAAUCUCCAAAACGAGGUUUCUCAGGUAGCUCCUGCACCCAGCGCCUCAUCACAGUCAUCGAAACCCCACGAUCUUAACGUCUGGGCCGGCCUCUGGAACAGUAUGCCCGAUCUUAUACCCGCUCUCGAUCAGGUCGUCGGACGCCGCCCGGGGGACCUACAACCGCCGGAAACAAUAACAGCAGCGGUGUAUCUUCCCAUGGUGGAGGCCCUCGUCCAUCGCCUAGGCGCGGUUGAUUUGGAAGCCUUUGGGGGGGGCGCCAGAGGGUGGGAAGUAGCCCUCGCUGAGUACACCCCGAGCGUUGACGCCCCCAUCCAGCGAGUCCAGGACUGGAUCGUUCUUCAUUGCAGGAUCUUCUUCACCUCGUGGCUUGAAUGCGAAGCGGUCGCCCGCGCGUGCCCAUAG